AUGGCCGACGUACGCGCCCUCUUACGCCAGCAGCGUGCCGCGCGCAGAAUAGAACACCCACACGCUGCCUACACCGACGCCGGAAAGCUCGUCUGCGUCCUCUGUCGGGAACACAUCAAGACCGAAGCUCUUUGGGAUGGCCACAUCCGCAACACCGCUCAUCGUCAACGUCUACAAGCACUCCAACAGCAGCAACAGCAACAGACUGAAGCGCAAGAUGAAUCAACUGAUCAAUCUCACAAACGCAAAUUCGACUUUCAAGAUGACGACGAAGCCACCACCCCCGUUUCUACAGACGAGACCGACCGCGCAUCCAAGCGCACCCGCCCCAAUACUCUAUCCCCCGAACCAGGACCGGCACCGCCAACCUCCAACCCAGCCGAGGUCACCAAGCCACCAACGCUGACCCGGCAGCAGUCAUUCACGCCAACAGCCGGCAUCGAGCUCGCUAUCCCUUCGCGGCCAGCAACGCCAGCAGAUGCCACCACAACGCCCAAAUCAGCCGGAGGACCACUACGCCCCUUUUCACAAUUAUCCGAACAACAAAAAUCGCAGCCAUCAACUUCUCAGUCAACUUUCACUACCACCUCUGCCCCAACCCCAACCUCAGCAGACGCCCCACAAGCACCACAAGCACCAGCAGUCGACGAUGACCUUUGGGCCUCCUUCGAAGCCGAUCUCCUCGCUACCCCCAGCAAUAAACCUCCCGCAGCCGCCGCCCUAACAGGAGGAGAGGCCGUCAUCUCAGCUGCACCCGUCUCAGCAGCACAAGCAGCAGCCGCCAAGUCUCAUGACGAAGAGCAAUCCCUCCGCCGAGCGGCUAAGGACAUGGAGAUUGAAGACGAGCGCGAAGAGGCCACGAGGGCGUUGGAGACCGAGUUUGAGGUUAUGGAGGAGUUGGAGGCUAGGGCGAGGAGGUUGAGGGAGAGGAGGGAGGCGUUGAGGGCUGGAAGGAAGUUGGGCGGUGCUGGGCAAGGUGCGGAGACGGGGGCAGGGGUGGGACAAGGGGAAGGGAUGAUAGAUACGCCGAUGGGAGGAGGGGAUAAGGAUGAUGUUGGUGAGGGUGUGGCAAAGACGAAGAGUGCUGCUGCUGCUGCUGUUUUGGCGGCGUUGGGGAAGGAGAAUGCUGCAGGGACGACAAAGGGGAAGGUGGUGGUGGAGGAGGAUGAGGAGGACGAAGAUGACGAGGACGAUGAGGACGAUUGGGAUGGGUUCCGGUUCCGAGCGUAGGUGCUUAUAGUUGCCGGCAAUGGUAAUGAGGGAAGUUCGGGUGGGCAUCGUUGUUCUCGAUUAUCUUCGGUUCUUGCUACGGGAAUACCACUUAGGUAGGCAGGUACCUCUACGUGGCUGUUCUCAGGAGUAAGUUUGGACCCCGGUGAUCCGCAUCGAUUACG